AUGGCGCCUCUGGCCUCCCUAUUGAAACACCAUAUAUCCAUGCUUGCUCAGCUCUCGUCUACUUCCACCAUCUCCUUGUCUACCAUCAUGCUCAAGCCAAUCCAUCAGUGGCCACGAUUCUCACUUCCAACUGCCGUCAACUGGACUUGGACUCCCUUAUAUGUCAUCCCACACUCUUGGUCUUUAGCUCUCAGCAUAUGUGUGCCCGUUUAUCGAGGUUUGCUCCAUUCCGCCAGGAAAUCAUUGACCGCCAUGAGAGCUGUAGUCGCAAUAGGAAACUACCUUCAUUCCAUCCCAAAAGGAGUUCAAAUCAUACACACAACCAUACAAACAUCGCCGCUCGCAAUUGUGAACGAAAUACCAUCUGACACACACUUUGAGAUACCAGCUGAAUGGGUCAUAGCUCCUUCUGCUCGUGGAAAGGGUAUAAAUGAUAAUGUCAUCCUAUACUUUCAUGGUGGAGGAUACUUUCUGUCUGACGCUGAAGGACAUAGGUCGUUGACUUGGCAACUAUCUCAAACUGCCUCAUUACCACUCCUAUCUAUAUCAUAUCGUCUUGCACCCGAAUCUACAUUCCCCUCACAGUUACAAGACGCCAUAUCCGCAUAUUUGCAUUUGAUACAAGUAAACCCUCAUAGAAAAGUAUUUCUAGCAGGAGACAGUGCUGGAGGCGGUCUAGCUAUUGCAUUAGCUUUGUGGAUCCGAGAUCAAUCAUCACCAGCUAAAAUAAAUAUCCCGCAGCCAGCAGCUAUAGUCGCAUUCGCCCCUUGGAUUGAUCUAAGCCAUUCUUUUCCAUCCUUCAGAAACCAUGCGUCCAUAGACUACUUGCCAGCUACGACAUCAGAUCCCAGGCAUACUGUAGUUGGAAAGCGAACUCAUUAUUAUACCUCCUCAGACCAACAAUUACGUGAUCCAUUAGUCUCUCCUGUAUUUGCACAUGACAGACCAGAAAGGCCGCUACCCCCUAUAUUAAUCCAUGUUGGUGAAAAGGAACGUUUAAGGGACGAAUCGCUUGCCUUUGCUCACUUUAUGAAGUCAUCGCCAAUUCGAAUAGAAAUGUUUCAAGACAUGCCUCACGUCUUUCAAACAUUCGCGUCGAUGGGUGACUCAAUGGCCCAAAUAUCGUUACAAAGAGCUGGUGCCUUUAUACAAGAAUUAUGUCUACAGAAAGAUGAUGCCGUGAUACAACCUCAUAAUGUUAGAAUCAACUGCAACGGCACCAUAAACACCAUGAACCUCAUGGACGAGAUCCAUAGAGGCCAUUUAGAAUUAGAACGAACUGAACAUGCUCCCAAGGGAUUACAGAAUGGACUCUCGGGGAUCAGUGGUAGAGGAUUAGGAAGUAAAAUCAGUAAUCACGGGUUGGCAAUGUUUAGAGCACUGUGA